AUGCACAACCCGCACUUUGAAGAGUUACGGACGAAGCUCGCUGACACCUUUUCGCAAGUGAACCGCAUUACUGUGGGUAGCAUGUUCACAGGAUGGGGUGUCUUGGAGAUGGUGCUCCACUCCCUGGAACGCCUGUGGAACCAAGCCCACUCUGAGGACGCUCACUUUGAGGUUGGUGGUGUUGAAUUGAAGUUCAUGGCGGAGUGCGAGAAGAAGAAGCAAGCGUACUUGGAGUCCAGGUUCCCAGGUGCCUGCAUCUUCAGCGAUGUGGCAGACAUGAAGUCUUUGCGGGCUCGGACAUCAAACGGGGGUUCACACGAAGUCCCCGUUGAUCUACUGGUGGGAGGAUUCCCCUGUGUCAAUGUUUCUCACCUCACCUCAACGCCGGGAUCGGUGACAGAUGAGAGUUGCUCAUCCGGCCGUGGCUAUCUUGGGUUGGAAAACUAUGUGACGUGGCGAAAGCCCAGUCUGAUCCUCAUGGAGAACGUGGCAUCGCUGUUCGAGAAACGGAAAGUUGAAGAUGGUCAGACGGCGUUUGCCGUCAUCAAGGGGCGGCUUGAGAGGCUGGGAUACACCGUGUCCGGAGAAGUGCACAACACGGCAGACUACGGCUUGCCUCAGCAAAGGCGUCGCGCUUGGGUCUUGGCAGUCUUGAUGCCGGAGUUGGACUGUCGUCCUGAUGGUCUGAGCAAGUGUGUUCGCAGCUUCCAGCGUUGGAAUUGCCCUUUGAACCGCUGUGUUGACCUGAACCUCAAACACCUACCCCGCAAAGAUUCCAAUCGUGGUGGGGAGAAAUGGCGUGAGGCUUUCAAAGAACUGGGUGACACUUACGGAAAGGCAAAGCUCCAGAAGCGUGUCCAGCAACUGCGCAUCUUGGCAACGGGGUGCAAUGAGCGUGAGCUGGCCAUUCUUGCAGUUUGCGUGGAGGAUCUUUUGACCAACCGGAAUUUUGAUGCCAUGAAAGAACUUGCUGUCAUUCAGGAUCAGAACUUCAACCGGCAGACCAUCCCAAAGUCCAACUUUGAGCUAGCUCGCCUCCAGGGCAUUGGAACGACGGAUUGGGUGCACUACAACAUGUCUGAGGACCCUCCAACCCCUGGCACUUUCUUCACGACUUCCAUCCUUCAGUGGAGCUUCGCGAAGCAGAGCUUUUGGAGGAUACCAGAUAUGGCCACGGUGAUGGACAUCGCCAAGAGCAUUACCUUGGGUGAGAUCAUCGGGAUGAGAAUGCCUUCUGACCUGGAGUUGGAGCAGGUGCAAAAUGCCCUGCAGUUUGAUGAUGGCGGUAUGCGGGGUCUUGCGUGUGCAUUGGUGUGGUGUGGCAUUACGCUCACAGUCCAAGCGGCCAUGGACAUGUACAACAACAAUCCUGAAAUCUCUGCCCAUGGCGGCACGGGGAAGGACAAAGUUGGCGCUGGGAGCCUCGUCUUGGACGGCAAGAAACAGUAUGCUAUCAAACAUUGGUUUGAAUGCACCUCCGAUGAGGCCCACGAGCAAGUGCAGAUCGCCUUGCGAGAUGCUGCUUUCCAAUUCGGACCAUUUGGAGAGCAGCUGUCCAUGCUGAAGCUUCUGUUCUUGGAAUCCCAAUCUGGAUUGACUCCUUUGUCAGGUUGUGAUUUGAGCCCUGUGAACAAUGAGCCGACAGUGACCAUCAACUGGGCCCUUCCGAUGGACGGCCCCACCCAAGGAAUUCUCUUCCUCCGAAUUCGGAAAGCAUUUGAACGAGCCACUGCGAUCAUUGACCAGCCCAGUGACAGAAAGAAAUAUCGAAUGAACGAGGAGGACUUGAUGAACCUUCGCAAUUUGGUAUGUCUUUGGACUCAAAUAAGAUGUUUCUGCUCCACUCGCACCAAGGAGUUUGAGGCACUGGACCAGUCAAUUCGUUUGAACAACUCCAAGGACCAUGAGCUGCAAGCCAUUCUGGAUGCACGUCCAUCUCAGUUUGGGAUUUCUAUGCUCCCAUGUGCCCAAAAAGAAGCCGUUGACACACUCCGUUCCGAGGAGGAGGGGAGAGUUAUGGAAGUUGAGAAGGAGCACUUGGCCGUGCGUGAUGCACGGUGGUCUUACUUCAAGAAUGCCCUGCUGCGUGACCAGGAGAAACUCAAGAUGGUCCAGGACGCCCCCAGCAAGCUUGAAGCUUUGAAGCACCGCAAGCAGAUUGCAUUUCGCCUCCAACAGGCCAAGGUUGGUGAAAAGGUCAUCAAGUCCUAUGGUGACAAGUUCUUUCGAUGUGAUCUGGUUGGCAAACCGGAGCUGGCCCAGCAAAAGAUCAACGAGUACCGCUCCUUUGUAGCCAAGAGCACUGGUUGCAAAGCUGACCAAGAUAUUUACAUGAUCGUGGUGGUGGACCUGAAUGUUCCUGGGGCGAAGAACUCUGAGACAUUGAAUGAAUUGUGCUCCUGCAUUCAGUUCUGCAAUGAUCUCGCACCAACCCGGACCAUUUGCAUGCUGGAGCUGCCGGAGACAGCAAAAAAAACAUCGAAGCGCGGCCUUGCAGACGAGGAGGCAGAGGUCCAAACCGCCCUAUGGCGAUUCAACUCUGGCCGCUUGGUGGGAAACUUGGAUGGGGCUCAGGAAAAUGUCUUCCUCACGACUUCAGAGCUGGGCUUGUGUGGGCGACCACUUCAAGGUGAGGAGGACAUCGUCCUUCCACUCAGCAAGGACAUGCUCCUUCCGGAGUCCCUUGAUGCCGAGUCUGACUUGAAGCAAGCGGAGCGCCAACGGCCGAGCAUUGAAGCAUGCCAAGCUCAAAAGCUGAAGGACAAGCCUUGCAUCAUCUUGAACCUCACUGGGUACAUCGAGGAUGUUGGGUGUGCUGUUUCUUGGCUUUUGGGUGGAGAAUUUGGAAUGACUUAUCAUUAUCAGUGCGUCCAACCAUCGCUACAUUGA